AUGAUUUACCGUAUACUAGGGGGCAUCUACCUAUCUUCUAUCGAACCAUUGAAUAACAAUGUGGACUUCAAACAUCAAUAUAAUGUAACUCAUAUAAUUUCGGCGAUUCCGGGCACUAUUCCAAAUAAUUAUGUCCACGAUUAUGUGCAUAAGCAAAUUGACAUCACAGACGAAGAAACCAGCAAUAUAAUACAACACUUCCCCGAAACAAACGAUUUCAUAGAUUCGUGUUUAUUCCCACCAGGUACUACUACUGACAAGCAUCAUGGAGCUAUUUUAAUCCACUGUGCUCAAGGAGUAUCCAGAUCUGUCACACUCAUAGUGGCAUACUUGAUGUACAGGUAUAAAUUAACAAAAGACCAAGCACUACACGCCGUCAAACGUAAAUUUGCACCAGCAUGUCCUAACGAUGGAUUCCAAAAACAAUUACAAUUAUAUGCUGACUUAAAAUUCAAAGUUGACACUACCAGCCCAUUGUAUAGGCAACUUUUCAUUGACUUAAACAUUCAGGCAGAUCCAUCUGGUCGUUCAUUACAGGAGUUAAAUAUGUUUUCAUCCACAACUGCCUCACAAUCUGAGAUAGAUAAGCAGGCAGAGUUACGUUGCAAAAAGUGUAGACAGGUUUUGGCACUCGAGAGUCAAAUUGAAAACCAUUUGUCUCCUGAUGCAUCAUCUCGACAAGCUCAAUUCAUAAAGAGGGCCCCAAAUUCAAGAAGAAUCAUUUCAGCACAAGAAGCUUCUGACUCGUGUUCUCAUUAUUUCGUAAGAGAGCCGUUAAUUUGGAUGAGAUCAGAAUUAGAAGAUAAAGGUGAGAUUGAGGGUAAAUUCAAUUGUCCUAAAUGUGACAGUAAGGUUGGAGGAUACAGCUGGAAGGGGUCAAGAUGUUCAUGUGGGAAAUGGAUGAUCCCUGCUUUACAUUUGCAAUGCGCUAAGAUCGAUAAUAUUAAAAGCAUUCCUACCCAUCGCUAG